GUAUCGGAACACUCGAAGGAGACAAUGGAGUGGUUAAGCCAGGAAAAGAUAAUAAGAACUGCGCUCACGACCAAGGAGGUUCGCUUCGAUGCAAGAUGACCAACCUGUUGCUCUCAGACUUUGGAAUAGGCUAUAUAGUGCCUGGAAACGCACUGACAUAAGUCACCGCGGUGCCUACACUGCUCGUCGAGCUCGAGCUUUGGAACAUUACUGUCAUUCCACUUCACUUUCACGAGUUCUGGCCGUGUGUUUCCUGACUCCACUUCCAAUACUAUGCUUCGUGCUGGCGAUGGAGUUGUUGCCGCUUAAUGCACCAAGUGACGGCUGGCGAUCGAACUCGGGCUGGGUCGUUCGCUACGUGUUCGUCUUCAAUCUGUUAUCACUCUGCUGUCUUCAGCAAGCCUCAAGUUUUCUUACGACUCUUAACAUUACGCUCGGACAAGGGCUUGCUAUUGCUUGGAUCACUGUAAGCUGUUAUUUCGUAGUAUUACUGACAAUUAUGGCAGUCUGGGUGUUCCCAAUUCCGUUCGUAUUUGAGCUGACGGGUGGGGUGUUCGGUGCUGUAUUCAUGGGCUGUGUAGUGAUGAUUCUGGGACGCCAAACGAUAGCCAAAACACCUCAGGCUCGAGUCUUGUACUACGUUUCUGCAGUGGAAGCAGCCAUGUGCUUUGUGUACCCUGUCUUUAGUGCGGUAUAUCACGUCCUGAACGGUAUUCAACAGCUUGCGUUGAUUAUAUUUCUCUAUGUACUUAAGGUAUUUACACGGUUGUCAAUGGCACACGCGUGCUGCUCCAGCACAGACGAAGAAGACAGACUACGCUCCCUUGCACGACUGCCGGAACGUGUGGUAUUCACUGCAAACCUGUUCCAUCUAGUCUACCUCAUGACGUGCCUUCAGGGCGCACGAAUGUCAAUUUGGACGAUUGGUACUUUGGUCUCAAUUGACACGUUCACCUCAGUAUUAAGCGUAAAACGACUGAUUCGCCGUCCAGCUGUGGUGUUAAUUUGUACUCUACCAAAGGAAGGCAUGGCGAUUAAGCAGUCUCGAGCUGCUGUGGUUCCUUUAAAUGGACCACCAGUGACUGCAAUUCCCAUUAAACUAUCAAUUGUGAGUCGAAUGGCUAAGAGUUUUAUUGUGCGGGUGGUGGAUAUGACGCUAGUACGACGCUCGCUUUCUCGAAUUUCAGGACACUCGAGCUCAUGGUCAGUGCGAUCAUCUCCUCGCUCGCGAAUAGUUCCGUCACAACAAACAGAGCUAAGCGAGAGAAGGAGACCAGAACCCAUCAGUAAACCACGCGACGGUAAUGUUGUACGGUUCCAGACUCUGUCUAUGGCUGAGUACUUCAUUCUCGUCAAAUAUGUGUCCUGUAUAAUUCCCGUGAUGGUUGGAGUAUAUACAUCAAUACUAGCGCGUCUCCCUAACGCGGUGUACUAUCCGGCGUUGGCUGGUACUACGGCUAAUGAACGGAAGGCAUCCCAGUUUGACGUGGCUGUGUACGCGAUGCUUCAGAUUUUAUCCUUGAUUGCAUUCGAGCUGAUUCUUCGACGACGAUUGCAAUAUUCUGUUCUCCACCAGCUUGGCUUUGUCCUCGAGACUGCUUCGGCAGAUAUUCAAGCGAAACUGGGGAUGUUCAUUCCUUAUUGCUUCUUCUUUUUUCUUGAUCACAACGGAGUUGACUUUAGUUUUCAGUUUGCCUGGAUGAACUAAGAUUAUCGGAACAAAAUUUGAAAAAGGACCUAGCCUGACACCAUGUUAUUGAGAUAUGCAAAAUAGUAAUGUAACAAUGGCAGAGUGUACUACAGACGGAAUGAAGCAAACUGCACCU